AUGAGCAGCUCAUCGAGUUUGGAUAUCGCUUUCACGGUCGACGACGGCGCCUGCGAUGGCGUCAUCCCCACAGCGGGGUUGCAAUCCACCGCGAAGAAGCUCGCUUCAUUAGCAACGACGCGCUCCGGCCAUCGUCAUCUUCGCACGGUGUGGGGAAGGCCUUAUAGCGGGAAAGGGCCCUCCUCGCUGUCGAAUCCACCGGAAUCGAGGGGUGCGGGGUAUUCAGAGUCCCCUACGCUAAUGAACGUCGGGGCUGGAAACACCACUCACGGCGGCGAGGGCAGCCUCCCCACGCUUCGCUAUCGCACGGAUCUCGACAAGGCGGUGAUUCAUUUCAUGUUCGAGCGUCUUAAUCAGGCGGUGGAGCAGAUCAUCGUUCCGAGCACGUGGAACGACGCCACCAACCCCGACGCCACGCCUGGCGAGGAGGAAAACGAAUACACCCAAACCGGUCUGGGGGAUUGGCAUUUUUACUGGAUGGCGGUCGGCCGCGUGCGCGCGAUUUUCGCCACCGUUGAGUUCCGUCUGCAGGAGAAUCAGAUCAUCAACCACUUUCCGAACCACUACGAGCUCACACGGAAGGAUUUGAUGUAUAAAAAUAUCAAACGCUACCUCCGCGAGCGCUCUGGUGAGGGGUCACCGGGUCCGAAGUUGUUUUUAUCAACCGCUCUUGACUGGGCGGCGGCGUCGUCGUUCGCGCAGAAUCCCGCGGGUGGAGGGGGUGUUAUCGCGCGUUUUUACUUCGGCGAGGGUGUUCCCAUGACGUAUAACAUCCCAAACGACAUGAGCAUGUUCAUCGAGGAAUUCAAACGCUGCCCGGGCUCGACAUGGAUCGUGAAGCCAACCUCGUGCUCGCAAGGGAAGGGGAUUUUCCUCAUCAACCGCAUCCAGCAGCUCCUGCAGUGGAUGAAGAAACGCCACGCGGAGGCGCGCGCGGGAAGUCCUGCAGAGGGGGGAACUUCUUCUCGUGGAGGAGGAGGAGGAGGAGGAGGAUCGCAUCCGCAUAAGCUGCAUUCCGUCCCUGCGAAGGUGGAGCAUUCUCGCGAUGGCAAACUCGACUCGGCGGCACCGAGCAGCUCUCAGACGGCCUUCGCAGGGUCUUUUAUUGUCAGCCGGUAUAUCGCGAAUCCCCUCUUGAUCGGCGGCAAAAAGUUCGACCUCCGACUUUACGUCCUCGUAACGUCUUUUAAACCUCUGGUGGCGUACUUUCAUCGCGCCGGUUUCGCUCGUUUCUGCGCGACGAAGUACGUCGGGGAUCAGACCUCCGGGCAUCACCUCGGAUCCCACUUGACGAAUGUGGCUUUGCAGAAGGGCGACAAGCACUACAACACCACUCAUGGGGGGAAGUGGUCCCUAAAGAACUUUUUGCUCUACGUUCAGGCCCACUACGGGCCCUACAUCGCCUCAAGCCUUAGUCUUCGGAUUGAGUUUCUUAUCUUUCACUCCCUCCAGGCGGUGAGCUCGGUGAUGCUGAACGACAAACACUGCUUUGAACUCUACGGAUAUGACAUUCUGAUUGACGAAAAUGUUAUGCCGCAUUUGAUCGAGGUGAACGCCUCUCCAUCGCUUUCCACCACCACGUUGGCGGAUCGUCUGUUGAAGGAGGAGGUGUUAACCGAUAUGCUGAAGAUUGUCUUGCCUCCCGACUUCCCAAGCCCGACGGCGAUGCCAUACUGGGAAUACCGCCUCCGCACUGACUUGACAACACAGCUAUCGACGGAUUUUAAAUUACUUAAUUUUUAG